AUGCCUGAAAAAUUACUGAAAAUCAGCUACAAUUACAAUGCUGCAACUGCAGGGGCAAGUGCAGGCCAAAAGCAAAAACUAAAUGCGUAUCUGAGAAUGCCAUCUAAUACAUGGAUGGUAUUGCGUCGCGAAAUUGAAAUGUACUUGUUCCAAGAGCGUCAGCUACCCAAUGCCGAGAUUCGCACCUAUUGGAUUGAUGCCGACUCUGAUGAAAUAGAGAUCAUCAAUCAGAAUGACUAUGAAAUAUUCUUAGCCAAGUGCGAACAAAAUCUGGUGCUGCAAGUUGCCGAAAAGUUGGUGGCUCCUGCCGCUGACGCUGCUCCUUCAGCAGCUGCUGCUGCUGCUGCUGCAGCAGAUGAUCCAAGCAAUUUCGUCAUACACGACGCGGUGCAGUGCGAUGCCUGUGAUCUGCAGCCUAUUGUUGGGUUCCGCUACAAAUGCAUUCAGUGCCCAAAUUUUGAUUUGUGCCAGAAGUGCGAGGCUGGCCAUAAGCAUGCCAAUCAUAUGAUGGUGCGCAUGCCCAAUAAUAAUGGACCCAGUGUGAUUGAUGCUUGGCUGAGUGGUCCCGGUAGCAGCCAGCACCAUCAUCAUCGUCGCUCAAGCCGUCGAUUCCGUGGUCAAUGUCCGUUUGGUCAGGCAGCUGCAGACGCUGGUGCUGCACCAACUACGCCGCCAACGCAUAAAGAAAGUCGUCGUGAGCGUCGUCAUGGCGGUCGGACUGGUGGUGUGUUCUCACAGUUUGUGGAAAUGAUGAUGAAUUUGCCAGAGAGCAAUACAACAGCUGCGACUGCAGCAGCUACAGCUGCGACAGCGACAGCUACAGCUGAUGAAGCCAAGCAGCCAGCAACAGCAGCAGCUGCACCUGAAGCCGAACCAGCAACUGCAAGCGCAGCAAAGCCAGCGAAGGCUGAGGCUGCGGCUGAGACUAGCGCUGAGAAAACAGCGGAGCCCAUUGCCGCACCACGCACCCAGGAGAAAGCACAAGCUGAACCAACACCAUCUACUGGCAGUACACCAACCACGCCUAUUCUUAAUCUGGACAAUUUGGCGCAAAUGGUCAAUCCGGAAUAUAUGCGUGCUGGCAUUGAAAUAUUGAAUAACUUCAGCGAAAUGUUUGCCAAAAUGAUUGAUCCCAGCGAGAGCGGCAGCAUGGGCUAUGCAGAUAUACCCGUGUCCACUGCAAGCUCAGCAGCGUCAAACAAAUCUGAGGCUAGCGCUGACUCGACGCCAGCAGCAAGCAAAGAUGCCACUGCACCAACAGCACCACCAACAGCCCCAGCUACAGCUAAUGAGACUGUGGUGCCUGAGCCUGAGUUGUCUGCUACAACAACUGAGCAGCAGCCAUUGGCAAAUGUCGAUGAAGAACCACGUCGCAGAUCGGAAAGCUUGGACACCGAUUGGCAGUUGAUUGAUAAUAAUGCCAGUCCAAUUGCUCACCCUUCAAGCAAUGAUGCCUUGAUCAACUUGGGCUCGAGCGCUGCUAGUACCACUUCUAGCUCCACAGAUGCUGCUGCUUCGCCUGUGCAUGACUUUGGGCAGUUGGGCGAAAUGCUGCGUCAGCAUAUUAAUCAGGAGCAACAGCUUGAACAGACUAACGCUCCCGCGCAGACCUCACAGGUCAGCGCGGUGAGCACUUCGACCACAACCGAGACAACUGUCAAAGCUGAAGAAAAUCAAAGAUAUCAUACUGACGAACGCAUCAACGCCGCUGUAGUAGUCAUGAUGUCCAUGGGCUUUAGCAACGAGGGAGCCUGGCUGACGCAGCUGCUCGAAUCGGUAGAGGGCAAUAUACCAGCUGCCUUAGAUAUAAUGCAUACAUCCCAAAGUGGGCGCAAUUGAAUUCGUAUACGCAAAUCCUUUAUAUAUUAUAUAUACUAUAUUAAUUAUUGUUAGUUAACCACAAAGUGUAAGUGACAUGUAUAAUUUGUCAAGUGUUUCGUUAUAUACAUAUCUUUUGUUUUUUCACUGGUGAUCUGUAAUUUGCCUUAUUAA